AUGGAGAAGGGAAGACUCAGGAAGGACGUAGGGAAGUUCAACAUGGCCUUGGCGCUUUACAUGGCUGCUAAGGUCCGGUGUGACAAUCGGGAUCAGGGAGAAGGUAUAGAACACCGAUACGAAUACACGGAGUGGCUCCUACAAGAGAUGACGUCAAAGUGGCCACAGGGUAAAGAGCAGAAAACUGCAUACCAGGAAACGACUACACCUGCAAAGGUGGCAGGAAAGUUUCAAGACCUGGACAAGAGAUGGACUUUCGGUGGUGACACAGAAUCUGUGCUGCUUGGAUACGCACAGUUGAUGGUAGAGGGAAUAGUAAACGACAACAGCAUGUUAGAAGCAGAAGCGAGUAAGAGUCUCGGUGACGUGUACCUGAAAAGAGGAACAGAAACUAGAGACACUAGAGACUUGACCAGAGCUACUGCUCUGUACAACAAGGCACUGGAGCGGUGCCACAACGCACAGGGAACAGUUGCCCUCGUCCACCGCGUACUGCACACCGCAAAAAUCAGGCAAAAAAUCAUCACAAUAAAGAAGAACAGGUCAACACGCACGCGGCGACAACAUGACAUGAGAGGACGGAAGGACCACUUCUCAACUGCGCCCUCUAGCGACAUGACUAAUGACGGCAUGCCCAGUGUACACAUUGCUGCGGAGCAACAAGAUGCUGAAAGAGAAGUUGAAGAGGAGAUAUCAUACCACAAGCACCUCCAUGCGGCAGACCGUGACUUUGCAAAUGGAGACCUGGACGCAGCAGAGCAGAACCUAGCAGCCGCCCUGAAGCUGGUUCAUGAUCCAGGCAAACCUGAUAAGGCUAGAGAAGCCGACUGUCUGUGCAGGUUGGGUGACGUCUACGUCGAGCGAGGCAAGCGGACAGGAGAAGGUAGGACAUUCACACAGGCAGCAGCUCUGUAUAACGCCUCCAUGGCACGGACAGAUGGAGACAAACAAAACAUGGUAGCAAGGCUGCAAGAAACAGAAAGGCAGUUUCUCAGGAACACCUGUAAAAUAGACUGUGAACCGUUUCCGUACAGCAGCGCGUUAGAUCACAUAAAGGAACUGGACAACAUGCGCGCCCGUGUAAAAUCCCAACUAGACACAAUUCAUCAGGAACACAACCCUUAUCAGUUUGAUGAAGACAAUCCCGUCGUGAGAGAAGUAGAGAUCAAACGAGCUGAAGCUAUCAAGAACUUGUUCAAGAGAAUCACGAUUCAAAGACAACAGUUUAUCCAAGUACUGUCAAAAGAAUGUGUAGAUAAACUCGGACCUACUCCGUGCAAGUACGCCUUCAUCGGGCUAGGCUCACAGGCCACAGAACUUGUCACGCCGUACUCCGACCUGGAGUUCGCCAUUCUGAUUGAGGAAGGGGAGGAUAACGAUGAUACACGGAGGUACUUCCUUAAUCUCACACACUACUUACAUCUAAAAGUCAUCAACCUUGGGGAAACCAUCCUCCCAGCCAUGGCCAUCCCGUCACUGAACGACUUCCUCUCGGAAGACCCGGAGAAAAACUGGUUCUUCGACUCCGUCACACCUCGCGGCUUCGCCUUCGACGGCUUCAUGCCAUGGGCUUCCAAGACUCCUUUUGGAAGAGACAAAACCCAAACCAAGGAUCCCCUUAGUCUCAUCCAGACUCCUGCAGAGUUGGCAAAAUAUCAGCGUCGACACAUCGCCCUAACAGAAGGCUAUCACCUGUCAGACAUCCUCAGACGGGUGGUUUACUUGACAGGUGACGAGUCUUUGGUGGAUGAGUAUACAGUCAAAGUCAGCAAAAGUGUUAAUCGUUCGGAUGUGCUCUCACGUUGGUCAGUAAUACCGACGCUGAAGGAAGAUAUUCGGCAGGUAAAGGACUUGGAGCUAACGGGGCACCUUUUGGAUGUCAAAAAAGAAAUAUACCGCUUUCCUAGCGUAGUGGUUGAUCUGUUGAGCUUGAGCGUUUGCUGUGGAAUGACGGUCUCAAGUGUGUGGAGAACAAUAGAAGAGUUACAAAGAGCAGGACGAAUCAGCCAAGAAGACGCCCACCACUUGACUGUACUGAUCAGCAUCUCAGCGGAGCUGCGGUUAAGAACGUACAUCGCCAACGGAGGACAGAAGGACAGACUGUCUCCUCUCACGGAAAUGAAAGUCCAACUAGGUAAACAUGACGUAGACGGCACUUUCUUAGAGUCUGUUUUCUACAUACCAGACUCAAAGAUGCUUUUUAGGUACUAUUACACUUCCAUCCCAUUAAAAACAUGCAUUGUUGUUACAGUUUUGAACGCGGGUCCAACAGCAAAGAUAUUUCAAACAGACAUAUUUGAUACUUCAUCUCUAACAAGGGGCCGAAUGGCACAGCAGCUUUUCCAUUUAGACGCUGCCAUACGUCACCUGGAAGCAGCACUGGAAGAGGCGGACGUGGAUAAGGAAAGGCAGUUAGAAAUACAUUUCGAUCUAGGUCAUGCCAUGAGAAGGCUCGGUGACUUCGAGAAAGCGAUGAGCCACUACGAAUUGGCUUUCCAAAUUGGUAGUGCAAUAUAUGGUGACACCACCAAAGGGCGUCACAACAUUGCGACAUUGGUGGGAAGCAUUGGAUCCUGUUGGAGUGGGCUUGGCAAUCAGAAAAAAGCUAUCAGUUAUCACGAACAGUCACUGGAGAUGGAAAAAGCUAUCUACGGAUUUAACACGCCACAUCCCGCAAAAGCUGCAUCACUUAAUAACAUUGGAAAAUGUUGGAGUGAUCUUGGUGAUGAGAAAAAAGCUAUUAGGUAUCACGAACAGUCACUGAAGAUGAUGAAAGCUAUCUAUGGGGAUAAAACAGCUCAUCCUGAUAUCGCUUUAUCUUUGGGCAACAUAGGAAAUAGUUGGGGUAACCUAGGUGAUCAGAGGAAAGCUAUCAGCUAUUACGAACAGUCACUUAACAUGACGAAAACUAUGUAUGGUGAAGCAACAGCACAUCCUGACAUUGCUGCAUCUUUGAACAAUAUUGGAGAAUGUUGGCGUGACCUUGGUGAUCAGAAGAAAGCUUUGAGUUAUCACGAACAGUCACUGACGAUGAAGAAAGUUAUAUAUGGCGAAACAACAGCGCAUCGAGACAUUGCUUCAUCCUUAAAUAACAUAGGAAACUGUUGGAGCGUUAUUGGUGAUCAGGGAAAAGCUAUUACGUAUUACGAACAGUCAUUGCAAAUGCUCAAAACUACCUAUGGCGAAACAACAGCACAUCCCGACAUAGCGUCAUCCUUCAACAACAUUGGAAAAUCUUGGGGGGAUCUCGGCGAGUACAGGAAAGCUCUAAGUUAUCACGAACAGUCACUGAAGAUAAAGAAAACAUUCUAUGGAGAAAGCACAGCACAUCCCGAUGUCGCUGCAUCAUUAAACAACAUUGCAACAUGUUUCGAUGGCCUUGGCGAUCUGAAAAAGGCUAUGACUUAUUACGAACAUUCAUUGCAGAUGAGGAAAACUCUCUAUGGCGAAACAACAGAACAUUCAGACAUUGCUGCAUCGCUGAACAAUAUUGGGAAAUGUUGGCGUGGGCUUGGUGAUUCGAGCAAAGCCAUUAGAUUUUACGAACAGUCCCUUCAGAUGAUGAAAACGGUCUACGGUGAAACAACAGAACAUCCUGCUAUUGCUACAUUAUUAAAUAACAUUGGAACGUGUUGGAAUGUCCUUGGCGAUCUGAAAAAAGCUCUCUGUUAUUACGAAGAGUCACAAACGAUGAGGAAUACUCUCUAUGGCGAAUCAACCGCACAUCCGGAAAUAGCAGAUUCACUAAACAACAUCGGAAGUUGUUGGAGUGACCUUGGUGAUUCGAAGAAAGCUAUCAAUUAUUACGAACAGUCACUGAAGAUGACAAAAGCUAUUUUUGGUGAAAAAGCCCACCCCGACAUUGCGUCAUCAUUAGGCAACAUUGGAUCAAGUUGGAGUAAGCUUGGCGAUCAUAGUAAAGCUAUCAGGUACCACCUACAGUCGCUGAACAUGCAGAAAGCUAUCUAUGGCAAAACAACAGCGCAUCGCGAGAUAGCUUCUUCCUUACAUAACAUUGGAGAUUGCUGGAGUAAGCUCGGACAUCAGAUCAAAGCUAUAAUGUAUCACGAUUACUCGUUGAAAAUGAUGAAAGUUGUAUAUGGCGAAACAACUGCACAUCCCGAUAUUGCCUUAUCUUUGAACAGCAUUGGUUCAUGUUGGAGUAAACUUGGCGAUCAAAGGAAAGCUAUCAGGUAUUUCGAAUACUCAAUGAUGAUGAUGAAAGACAUCUGUGGGGUGGACAAGGCACAUCAUCAUAUUGCCUUGUCACUUACCAACAUUGGAGUAGGCUGGUUCAAACUCGGCGAUCCGAGUAAAGCUGUCAGUUACUGCGAACAGUCGCUUAAGAUGAUGAAAGUUCUCUAUGGUGAUAACACGGAACACCCCAUUAUUACGCAAGUACAGAACUACAUACGUGUAUUUCGGAGUGCUCUCCCUGACAACACUUUAAGAUUUCAAAAUAGCCAUGAGAAAUAGACCUCUGAUCUGAAACCAUACAAGCCGUUUGAUCGGUUACAGGACUAAUUUUGGACAACAACUCGUUGCAGAUUUUGUUUUGUAUAACUGAUUUUUGUUUUGUUACUUGUGUGUGAUGUGAUUGUGUUAUUGAUCCCUUACUUGAGAUGUCAUUGUUAAUUCUGUAUAUACUUUAAUUUCUGUUAUAUAGUUUAUGUAAUAGUUUCCAUACGCUUUCUUCCAUGCUUGGAAACCAACAUUUUCUAUUGUUAAAGGUGCUACCAAGAUGUUUUGAAGCUGAAAAGACUGCCCAGCACAUGGAAUGGUUUGAAAUUGUUAAAGCAAUAGACAUUUGUUCCUAUUGUAUAUGUCGUAAAGUAGUCUUUAAGUUAUCUUUUAUCAAGUGUGAAUUUAAUAUGUACAUUGUAUGGUUUGCAUGUGUUCCUGUGUGUCAGGUUUGUGUCCCGUUAUGUUUGUUGAUAAGGAGCACAGGAAGUAGCCACCAUGCACUUGUUUAUUGUUAAGCUCAUU